CUCACCAUGUCCUACGGCUGCUCCUCUGGAAACUUUUCCUCCCGCUCCUUUGGAGGCUACCUGCAGUACCCAGACGCCUCCUGCGGCUCUUCCAAUCCCGGUCACCUCGUGUACACCAGUGAUUUCCAGUCUCCAAUCAGCUGCCAGCAGGGCUCCUCUCUCUACAGUGGAUAUCAGGAGACCUUCAGUGAGCCCGCCGGCUUCCAGAGGUCCUGUGUGGUGUCCAGCCCCAGCCAGACAUCCUGCUACCGUCCGAAGAUCUCCACCUGGGGCAAUCCCUGCCAAUCAACCUUCUCCGGAUCUCUGGGCUUUGGAUCCCGGGGCUUCCAGUCUUUUGGUUGUGGCUCUCCAUUCCUGGGCUUUGGAUCUGCUGGUUUCCAAUCAGUGGACUGUGGACCCCGCGCUUUCUCAUCCCUAAAUUAUGGGUCCAACUUCUACCGCCCAACCUACUUCUCUUCUAGAAGCUUCCAGUCCUCUUCUUUCCAACCUACCUGUGGAUGUGGCUUCUAUUAA